AUGUCGUUUAUUGGAUUCACUGCCCUCGUGGCACUGGCCGCUAUAGGGUCAGUGCUAUGCGAGGACGAAACUAUAGGACCGAUAUUCAUGAAGGAACCGGCUAACCGAGUGGACUUUAGCAACACGACUGGAGCGACUGUAGAAUGCGCGGCACGAGGAUCCCCGUCACCCGAUAUCAUCUGGGUCCGAUCUGAUGGAACUGCUGUCGGUGAUGUCCCUGGACUGCGACAGGUUCAAGCGAACGGAAACCUUUUAUUUCCACCUUUCCGAGCGGAGGAUUACCGGCAAGAAGUUCAUGCCCAAGUUUACGCUUGUCUCGCUCGCAACUCUGUUGGUACCAUUCAUUCCAGGGAUGUUAACGUACGAGCCGCGGUUAAUCAGUUCUACGAAUCACAAGUUUACGACAUAUACGUUAUUCGCGGGAACGCUGCAGUCUUCAAGUGCCAUAUACCCUCGUUUGUGUCUGAUCAUGUACAAGUAGUUUCUUGGCACGAUUCCGAGAAUGGAGAAUACACAAUAAAUGAAAAUUACGAGGGUAAAUACUUAGUACUUCCAUCUGGAGAAUUGCAUAUUCGAGAUGUCGGACCCGAGGAUGGUUACAAAUCAUACCAAUGUAGAACAAAGCACAGGCUUACUGGUGAAACCCGACUUUCUGCUACUAAGGGACGACUUGUCAUUACCGAGCCACUGGGUAGCGCCGCUCCGAAAGUAGCUACAAAAGUGAUCGAUAUCAUAGAAGUGUCUUUCAGUAAUACUGUCACAUUACUUUGCCCUGCGCAAGCAUUCCCCGUUCCAAUAUUCAGAUGGUACAAGUUCGUGGAAGGUACAGCCAGGAAGCAACCCGUUACGCUCGAUGAUAGAGUAAAACAAGUAUCAGGAACUUUGAUUAUCAAAGAGGCUAAAGUUGAAGACUCUGGAAAGUAUUUGUGCGUUGUCAAUAACUCUGUCGGUGGCGAGUCCGUAGAAACUGUUUUGACUGUAACCGCUCCCUUGAAAGCUACCGUUGAACCAGCUACUCAGACCGUAGAUUUUGGAAGGCCUGCCGUAUUUACCUGCAGAUAUGAGGGUAACCCUGUGAAAACGAUCACUUGGCUUAAGGACGGCAAGGACAUGAAGCACCAUGAUGCUACCCUCAGGAUCGAAUCAGUAAAGAAGGAAGACAAGGGCAUGUAUCAAUGUUUCAUUAGGAACGACCAAGAAAGUGCGGGAGCCAGCGCUGAGUUGAAACUGGGAGGCCGAUUCGAACCACCGCUGAUUCGUCACAGUUUUGGAGAACAGACCUUCCGUUCUGGCCCAUCUCUACGUCUUAAAUGCGUCGCAUCUGGCAACCCUACCCCCGACAUCGUGUGGCUCCUGGACGGCGAGAAACUGACCAGCGGUGAAAGACUUCAGAUCGGACAAUUUGUAACCGCUGAUGGCAACGUUGAAUCUCACUUAAACAUUUCCUCUGUGCAUACGAACGACGGCGGAUUGUACACAUGCAUCGCAUCGAGCAAGGUUGGCAGUGCUUCCCACGCGGCUCGCGUCAACGUUUACGGCCUACCCUACGUGCGACCCAUGAAGAAACGUCCCGUAGUCGCUGGUGACAACCUCAUCGUACACUGCCCCGUGGCUGGCUAUCCGAUUGACUCUAUCGUUUGGGAACGUGAUAACAGGGUACUCCCCAUCAACCGCAAGCAGAAAGUUUUCCCUAACGGCACCCUCGUGAUCGAAAACGUGGAGCGAAUGAGUGACGAAGCGACCUACACCUGCGUAGCUAAGAACUCUCAGGGAUACACCGCUAAGGGAACAUUAGAAGUUCAAGUCAUGGUUCCACCGUUGAUAAUGCCGUUCAAUUUCGGUGAGGUGCCAUUCAACCCCGGUGACACAGCUUUAGUGAAUUGUGUCGCCACUAAGGGAGAUCUUCCUCUCGACAUCUCAUGGACGUUCAGCAGCGAAACUAUAGACUCGAGCCUCCAGCGAGACAUCACAACUAUGCCUCUAAAUCCUCGUGCCUCUAUCCUCACUAUCAACUCCGUGAGCGCAAACCAUCAAGGAAACUACACGUGCAUCGUGCAGAAUGCGGCCGGCCGCGCAGAAUAUGCAGCGACACUCGUCGUCAACGUUCCCCCCCGCUGGAUUAUUGAACCCACUGAUAAGGCAUUUGCACAAGGCUCUGAUGCCAAAGUGGAAUGUAAAGCCGAUGGGUUCCCUAAGCCCCAAGUGACGUGGAAACGGGCUGAAGGUGACACCCCUGGCGAUUACAAAGAUCUUAAGCCAAACAACCCUAACGUAAAAGUUGAGGAUGGAACAUUGACUAUUGCUAAUAUUCAGAAAACCAAUGAAGGAUACUACUUGUGCGAAGCUGUGAAUGGAAUCGGUUCAGGACUAUCGGCUGUUAUUCUGAUUAGCGUUCAAGCUCCACCCCAAUUCGAAAUUAAAAUGAGAAAUCAGACUGCACGCCGAAGUGAACCCGCUGUCCUGCAAUGCCAAGCUAAAGGAGAAAAGCCAAUUGGAAUAAUCUGGAACAUGAACAACAAACGCCUCGAACCCAAAUCUGACCCACGAUACACUAUUCGCGAAGAAAUCCUGCCCGGUGGUGUUGUCUCUGACCUUAGCAUCCGAAGGACUGAACGAUCAGAUAGCGCUCUUUUCACUUGUGUAGCUACCAACGCAUUUGGCUCCGAUGAUACCAGCAUUAACAUGAUCAUUCAAGAGGUACCCGAAGCUCCCUAUGGCCUUAAAGUUUUGGACAAAUCUGGAAGGACCGUACAACUGUCAUGGGCGGCUCCCUAUGAUGGCAAUUCUCCAAUCAAGAAGUUCCUCAUUGAAUACAAACGAGCCAAGGGUAACUGGGAAAAAGACAUUGACAGAGUUCUUGUACCCGGAGAUACGACUGAAGCCGGAGUUUUUAGCUUGAGACCCGCCACCGCCUACCACAUCAGGAUCGUUGCUGAGAAUGAACUGGGAACUUCUGAGCCAUCUGAGACUGUUACCAUUAUAACCGCUGAAGAAGCCCCUACUGGUCCCCCACAAGACUGCAAAGUUGAUGCCGUUGAUAAGCACACCCUCCGCGUCACCUGGAAGCCUCCCCCACCACAAGACUGGAACGGUGACCUCCAAGGAUACUAUGUUGGUUACAAACUGGCGUCUAGCAACAAAUCUUUCGUCUUUGAAACCGUUGACAUCUCUAAGGAAUCUGGCAAGGAACAUCACCUGGACAUUCUAAACUUAAAGACUUACACUCAAUAUGCCAUUGUAGUACAAGCGUUUAACAAGAUGGGAUCAGGCCCCGUGUCCGGAGAAGUACGAGCUUAUACCGCUGAAGGCGCCCCAUCUGCUCCACCCCAAGACGUUCUCUGCACUACUCUUACAGCGCAAACAAUCCGUGUAUCAUGGGUAUCCCCUCCUCUUGCUGCUGCUAACGGACUUAUCAAGGCUUACAAAGUGAUUUACGGACCUAGCGAAACUUGGUAUGAUGAAAAGUCAAAGGACACUAAGAUUACGGCCAGCAGCGAAACUAUCCUUCACGGACUUAAGAAAUUUACAAACUACUCUAUGGAAGUGCUUGCGACUACCAACGGAGGCGAUGGCGUCCGAUCUGCUCCUAUUCACUGCCAAACUGAACAAGAUGUACCGGAAGCUCCUCGUGCUGUGAAAGCAUUAGUUAUGGGACAAGACUCGAUCCUGGUAUCAUGGAGGCCUCCUGCGCAACCCAAUGGUGUUGUUACUCAUUACAAUGUCUACACUCAGGCACAGAAUGCUGAGCCCCAUCCCAACAAGGUACCAGCUUCUCAAACUAGCUACUCGGCAACUGAACUGAAAGCCGGCCGUUACGACUUCUGGGUCACCGCGUCUACCAUCAUCGGCGAAGGCCAACCCUCAGCCACUGCUUCCUGCAGCCCAAGUGACAAAGUUCCCGCCAAGAUCGCGUCAUUCGAUGAAUCUUUCACCGCUACUUACAAGGAAGAUGUCAAACUGCCCUGCCUUGCUGUCGGUGUUCCUCCUCCUAACAUUUUGUGGAAGGUGAAAGGCCAUCCCCUGGAAGCGUCAGAACGUGUGCGUCAAUUGCCUGAAGGAUCCCUGCAGAUUGCUGGCGUAGCUCGUGAGGACGCCGGCGAAUAUUCGUGCCAUGUUGACAAUCAAUUCGGAACUGACACUGUUACCCAUACGCUCUCAGUACUCGCUCCUCCCUUCCCGCCUCAACUCAGCAUCGCGUCGUCGUCCGUGUCGUCUCUCACUCUCCGCCUGAAGCCUUCAGUCGAAGUAGACCAGUCGCCCGCCGCAGGAUACACCAUCCACUACAAACAAGAAUUCGGAGAUUGGGAAACCGUACAGAUUCCAAGCACCACUGACACUUACACUCUGGAGAACCUGUUCUGCGGUUCAAGAUAUCAACUCUACGUUACGGCUUACAACGGUAUCGGCACUGGUGAGGCUUCAGACGUGGUGAUCGCCCGUACUCGCGGUUCCAAGCCCCCGGUACCUCGCGCCGCUGAUUUCAUUGAAGUCGGAAGCUCUUCAGUCACUCUGCACCUCAAACAAUGGUUGGAUGGCGGAUGCCCCAUGAGCCACUUUGUCGUCGAGAACAAGAAAAAGGGUGCUGCUGAAUGGAAUCAAAUCUCCAACGCUGUCAAACCCGGUGGAAACUUCGUCGUACUUGAUCUGGAACCUGCCACUUGGUAUGUACUGAGGAUUACAGCCCACAACAACGCUGGAUUCAACGUCGCAGAAUACGAAUUUGCUACGCUUACCAUGACCGGAGGAACCAUUGCUCCCUUACCUGGCAACAUCGGCACCGACAAGGAACUGCCUCCCUGGGUCAAGGCUUGGCUGGAACCAGAAGUCCUCGUACCAAUUUUGGCAACGAUCGUGGUGUUUAUCGUAGGCGUGGUGGUGAUCUGUCUGACCUUAGCUCGCAGGAACACCCCGCACCGCCUGCGAGGUCAGAAGGACAUGUAUUACGACGCAGUGUACAACGCGUCGCAGGCCGCGCUGGGCGGCGGCGGCGGCACGCUGGACAAGCGCGGCGGACUGCGGGACGAGCUCGGGUACAUCGCGCCGCCCAACCGCAAGCUGCCGCCCGUGCCCGGCUCCAACUACAACACGUGCGACCGCGUCAAGCGACAGGCCGUCAUCAUGGGCGCGCACUCGACGUGGGACCCGCGCCGCCACCACUACGAGCGCGUCCGUCGCCCGCGCCUGCGCAGGGCCGGCUCCGGAGAUACCGCCUCCACAGGCAUGGAAGACGAAAUCUGCCCGUACGCGACGUUCCACCUGCUAGGCUUCCGCGAGGAAAUGGACCCCAGCAAGGCCCUGGCCUUCCCGCAUCAUCACCCCGCCCACGCCGGCACACUCGCCCACCCCCACCCACACCACCCAGCUCACUCCCGCGCCGGAUCCCAGAGCAUGCCUCGUGCCAACAGCCGCUAUGCCCGCAAGAACUCUCAGGGUGGACAGAGCGCCAUCUACUCGACUGCCCCCGAAUACGACGACCCGGCCACCUGCGCUGAAGAAGAUCAAUACCGUGCCCGUUACUCUCGCCCGAUGUACGCUUGUGGUCCUGAGUACGACGAGCCUGCUUGCUGCGCUCCCGAAGAUGAACAAUACACCGGCGCUUACGGCACUCCCUACUCCGAUCACUAUGGAUCUCGCCCCAGCAUUGCUUACGUGUCAGGUACCCGCAAGUGCGGCGGAUCCCCCGAGCCUCCCCCACCCCCUCCACGCAACGCCAACAACGACAACAACUGCUCCUCCUCAUUCAAUGAAAGCAAGGACUCGAACGAAAUCUCCGAAGCCGAAUGCGACCAGCCACGCAACUAUCCCGUAAGGGCCCACACUGCUAAGGACGGCUUGCACAGCGAGGAAAUGAGGAAACUCAUUGACAGACCAGAAGCAACCACCCCAAUCCCCCAGCAAGCAGUCCACGGGCGGGGACUCACAGCCUACGAUACUGUGGCAGUGUAA